AGACAGAUAUUGAGAUAAAUAUGCAAAAAAAAAAUCAAAACAAAGCAGCAUGUGAUUGUGAUAAGGUUAAUUAAUAAUUUAGCCUUUUUGGAAAAUAAAUAAUAUGGGACUCACUAAACAAUAUUUACGGUACGCCCCAAGCGGCGUUUUCAACGUCAUAGCAAGUCCAGAUUGCAAUAGUACCCAUGUAACUCUGAAAGGUGUUAGCGGAAGAUAUAUUGCCGUCGGUGCAUGUGAACAUGUUAUUAUUUGGGAUAUGAGAUUAGGAGAAAAGGCUCAAGUAGUCCCAGGUGAGAAUGUGGUGGUAUCUCAAAUAGCUGCAAGCCCCACUGGGAACCACAUGGCAGUGGGUUAUGUAGAUGGAAACAUAAAUGUGUUUGAACUGAUCAACAAUGACAUUGUAUGUGUAUUUGCUGGCCACAAGUCUGCUGUCACUUGUUUACAGUAUGAUGAACUGGGGCAUAGAAUUGUUUCUGGAUCUAAAGAUACUGAAGUCAUCCUCUGGGAUGUGGUAUCAGAGACUGGGGUGGCAAGGUUCAGUGGCCACAAGGGGGUGGUGACCAGUGCGCUUUUUAUUAAUGGCAAGAACUGUAUUGUGAGCUCUUCAAAGGACACUUUUAUCAAAUUCUGGGACAUUGAGACUAAGCAUUGUUUUAAGACUCUUGGUGGACACCAGAUGGAGGUAUGGUCAGCUGUACUACUAAAAGAAGAGAGAUAUUUGGUCACAGGCAGCAUGGAUCAGCAGCUACGAGUAUGGAAGUUGAAGUGGAAUGAAAAAGUUAAAGACGAGGACAAAAUUGUGCAGCAACUUGAGAUUGUCAAAUUAGAAGACACUGACGCUACUGAAGACAGCUCAAUGUUGCAAUGCCACCAAGUGGGUACACUGAUCCGCGGCGGUAAGGGCCGAGUGGUCGGGCUCGCAACUGACCCAGGGCAAAGCGUGUUGGCCUGCUACGGCACUGACUCCUUGUUGGAGCUUUUCGCCUUUUGCAGCGACGAGGAGGCUACGGCCAGGAUGAAAAAGCGGGUCAAGAAACAGAGGAAAAAGUUGACAAAGCAAAAAGAAAACCAAGCAGAUGACGCAACAACGGAGGUAUCAGAGAUUCUCACACUUUCGGACGAAGUUCGGCGACUAAGUUCCGUCAAGCUAUCGGCCAAGCUGAAGUCAGCCACUGUGUUGAUGGGGACCACGGGCGAGCUGCGUGUUGGGGUUACCUUGUCCACCAAUACCUUGGAGCUGCAUAGCUUGGCUGUUGCUGAGGGGAAUGAAGUGAAAUGUCUGAAGCAAAUCACGAUGCCGGGGCACGCGAAAGAGCCGCGCUGCGUCGCCAUCAGCUCCGACAACCUGGCCGUGCUCACCGCCUCCGCCGACUCCAUCAAACUGUGGAACCGGACAAGUCAGACCUGCCUCCGUACGAUCCCAGUGACGUGCGGUCGGCCAACAAGCGCGUGCUUCGCGCCGGGCGACAGACACGCACUGGUGGGAUGCGCGGACGGCUCGUUGCUACUAGUGGAUGUAGCAGCCGCGUGCGUGCUGGAGCAAGUACCCGCACACUCCUCCAACUGCACCAGUGUUGGACUUACUCCGGAUCUGCGUGGCUGUUAUUCAGGCGGUGGAGAUAAAACGGUGAAGUUGUGGCAGUUUGAACUUAUUCCUGAUCCUUCAGGAGACUCCAAAGCCAAGGUAUUAUCACUUUUACAUACGAGAACACUGGAGCUUGAAGAAUCAGUGACGGCUGUAAGAGUGAGUCCUAACAACAAGUUCAUUGCGGUGGGUUUACUCGACUCCACAGUUAAGAUAUUUUUCUUGGACACAUUUAAAUUCUACUUAUCCUUAUACGGCCACAAGCUGCCAGUGCUCAGUCUGGACAUCAGCUAUGACUCCAACAUCAUCGCCACCGGCUCAGCUGACCGCAACGUGAAGAUCUGGGGCAUGGACUUCGGAGAUUGCCACAAGUCGAUAUUCGCUCACAACGACUCGAUUACGUCACUGCAGUUCGUGCCAAGCACGCAUUACUUCUUCACUGCAUCUAAGGAUGGGAAGGUCAAACAGUGGGAUGCGGACUCUUAUGAUAACAUUAUCACUUUGAAUGGCCACGCGGGUGAAUGCGUUGGUUUGUCGGUCGGCGCGGGCGGCUUACACGUGGCGACUUGCGGGUCGGACUUCGGCGUGCGACUGUACUCACGGACAGACGAGCCGCUCGUGUUGGGAGACACGGAUGAAGCUGAAGAGGGACUCGCUACCGGGGAACAACAUGCGCCCGUACCAGGUCUGCCAGGACUCAAUAUGCCUACUAAGAAAACCAUUGGAGCAGAAAAAGCUGCGGAUGCAAUAAUGGAGUGUCUACAAGUGGGCGCGGAGUAUCAGAGGGAAGUGAGCGAGGCGCGCGGGCAGUUCGUGCAGCCGCCCAUACUGAUGGCUGCCUACAACUGUACCACUGCUGAGGAUUUCCUCUUCGAGACCGUCAAGAAGAUACGGUCCAGCGAACUGGAAGAAGCAUUACUCCUGAUACCGUUCGGCUCGGCGUGCGAUAUCGUGCGCAUGCUGCCGACCCUGCUGGAGCGCGCCGACCACGCGGAGCUGCUGUGUCGCCUCGCGCUGUUCCUGCUGCGCGUGCACCACGCGCCGCUCGUGGCCAACCACGGCCUGCUCAAGCAUCUCAUACAGAUACAGGCCAAAGCGGCCAUGCGCCUCACCGAGCUGCGGGAUAUGGUUGGCUUCAACUUGCACGCUCUACAAUGGAUGCGGCGCGACAUCGAGGAAGCCGACAGCGAGCAGCUGUUCCACGACGCGACAGUCGCGCGACGCACGCGCGACCGACGCGCGCGGACGCGACAGGCAGUCAAACGACCCAUAGUCACUGUGACCUAGAAUAACAACAUUAUGAAUAAAAACUAUUAAGUUUAUAUCAUGAA